CAAUAGUAUAGACAAGUUUCAGUCCACUUGAGCACAUUUAUGUUUUGAGACGCGCACGCAAGCUACACUCUAAGCGUAUUUUAUUUCUUCAUUCGUCAUCAUUCAAUAGCUAAAUAAUACAAAUAACGAGCAAGCAAACAAAAAAACCAGCGCUGAGCAGCUGCUUGUUCGACUGCUUUGCCGCCUUAACGAGUUGUAUACGACGACACGUUUUUCAGUGUGUCUUUUACCUUACGGGAGAGUUGGCUUAGUGAGUUGAGUUGAUGUCGAAACGGAGACGCAGACUUGCAUAAGUCAUUGGWUUUAUAAAUAACACGAUCGCUUGUGUAGUAAAGAGCAUAUAUAUACACAUAUAUAUAUAUAAAUACUUAAGUGUAUAUGCAGUAUUGAAGAGUAUCAAAAUUGUGUUACACCGUGAAAGUGUUUUUGUGUUUGUGCACGCGAAAAGUAGCUUAGACAUCACAAAAGACGAGCUUCAAGCUCGCUAUAUCAGAAAGUGAUUUGUAAACUUAAACCCACCAGCGUCAAGUAAAAACCCAUUUUAAAAAUGUCUAAGCCACAGCCCAUGGAAAUGUCCAAUAUGGAUAUAGAUUUUCACGAGCGUAAAGCGGAGCCCUUUAAAAUGGGCCGAUUUAUCUACAACUCAGAGGAGGGUACCGUAAUGGGACGUGAUCGUGCCUCAUGGGCAAAGAUCGGCAUCUUCUACACAGCUUUCUAUGGCGUAUUAGCCGCGUUAGUGGCCAUUUGCAUGUGGGUAUUCUUUCAAACACUAGAUCCGCGCAUACCCAAGUGGACAUUGGAUAGAUCCAUAAUCGGCACAAAUCCAGGUCUUGGUUUCCGUCCGCUGCCACCAUCGGACAAUGUUGAGAGCACAUUGAUUUGGUACAAGGGUACGCAACAUGAGAACUACAAACACUGGACGGAUUCSUUGGAUGARUUCUUAGCCGUCUACAAAGUGCCUGGCCUUACACCUGGUCGUGGUCAGAACAUCUACAAUUGUGACUAUAAUCAACCGCCACCAAAGGGUCAGGUUUGCGAUGUCGACAUUAAAACAUGGAAUCCUUGCACUAAGGAAAACAAUUACAGCUACCACAAGAGCUCACCAUGUGUUUUCUUGAAAUURAAUAAAAUCUAUGGCUGGAUACCGGAAUAUUACAAUGACUCCAAGGAUUUACCCGACGACAUGCCAACCAGCUUGAAAACUUAUAUCGGUGAAGUGGAAAAGACRCAAAAUCAUAAGUUAAACACCAUUUGGGUUUCAUGUGAAGGCGAGAAUCCAGCUGAUCAAGAGAAUAUCGGUCCAGUCAACUACUUGCCUGUUCGUGGCUUCCCCGGCUACUUCUAUCCUUAUCAAAAUUCAGAGGGUUAUCUUAGCCCACUCGUCGCUGUGCACUUCGAGCGACCGAAGCGUGGCAUCAUCAUCAAUAUCGAAUGCAAGGCUUGGGCUCGCAAUAUUUUGCACGAUCGCAAGGAGCGACUAGGCUCCGUGCACUUCGAGUUGCUAAUCGAUUAACAGAGUGUGGGAAAAAUGUUCGACGUUUACAACAACAACUAAAGAGCAUUAAAGGGCGUUGGCAAACGCUAGAUUUUUUCAGCCAGUUGUAUUGUAUACACACACACACAUGCCAGCAUACAUUUUAAACAAAAAUGAAAUCAACACAAAUUUAUAUAUAGUAUAUACCAAGGAGCUAUGCAGUCGAACGAUUACUCGCUAAUACAAAACAUACAACAAACACAAUCCCACAAACAUAUGUAUACAGA